AUGUUACGGCCUCGACUUGGAACUGGACGUCUUCCUCUUGUUCAGCUCUUUGUCGGGAAUUAUUGGCCAAGUCGGGCAGGCCAACUACGCCGGCGCAAAUACCUUGAUGCCUUUGUGCAGUAUCGCACUGGCCUGAACCUCCCCUGCACCGCAAUGGACCUUGGUGCGAUGGAAGGCAUAGGCUACUUGUCUGAGAAUCAAGGCUUCCUCAGGAAGAUACAGGGCACUGGAUGGCGCGUAGUCCGAAAGUCGAGCUCCUCAAAGCUCUGGACAUAG